AUGGCAACCGCCGCCUGGAGUAACGCGGCGCGGCUUCUCUCGCUCCUCCUCCUCUCGCUCCUACUCUCCCAGGCGGCUCGCCCCGUCGCCUCUCAGUCAUCCGCGGCGCCCCGCCGCCUUCUCGCCACCGAUACGCCGGGCAACCCCGUCUAUAUCGUCCGCCUUAAAGGAAACUCCGUCGCGGCCGAGAUUGGCGCGGACGGGAAAAAUGGAAACGGCGGAAAUGGGGGAGGUAACGGCGGAGGAAACGGGAGGAAUGGGCAGCGGCAGAAGAUCGACCGGAACUCGCAACGCGUCAAGGACCACGUCAGUCGAGUCAAAACUCAGCACGCUCGAGUCGCACGCGGCGCGGGGGUUCCCGACUCGGACGUGCUCUACAGCUACGCGUAUUCGACCAACGGUCUCGCGGCUCGGCUUUCCAAGGAACAGAAGCGCGCGUUAGAAGCAGACCCGGAAGUAGCAUACGUGCAGGAGAGCAAAAUCCGCAAGCUAGACGUGCUCGACUCGCCGAAUUUCCUCAAUCUGCCCAACACGCUCUGGAAGGCGAAUACCGCCGCGUCGCUGAACGCGGCCGGCGCGGGAACGGUCAUUGGGAUUGUGGAUACGGGCAUCUGGCCCGAGCACCCGUCGUUCCAGGACCAGGCGACCAACCCGUAUCCCAAUCCCCCUGCCACGUGGACGGGUAAAUGCCAGACCACGAGCGAUUUCCCCAAGUGCACGCGCAAGCUCAUCGGCGCGCAGUACUUCAUCGCUGGGUUCCUCGCCGCGGGGCUGACGUAUUACGACCCCAAGGAUUGGCUCUCCCCGCGUGAUGUGGCGGGCCACGGCACGUGGUGUGCGGGUGCCGCGGCCGGCAACGGCCCCGUGUCCUUCGGCUCGCUCAACUCCGUCUCGCUCGGCUCGUCCUACGGCGUCGCGCCGCGCGCCUUCCUAUCCGCCUACAAGGUCUCGUGGUACAGCACCGCGUACGGCGGCCGCGUCAUCGCGGACUCGGAUAUCUACGCGGCCGUUGACACGGCCGUGGCGGACGGGGUGGACGUGCUGUCGCUGUCGCUGGGAGGGAUGGACCCCUCGGAUAAAUACUUUGACGAUUUGGGCUAUCUGGACGCUCACCUGGCGGGAGUGGUGGUGGUAAAAUCAGCGUCCAACUUCGGCCCUCCGCCCUUCCACCCCUCUCUCUACCGCUCCAUCUCCAACUUCUCGCCCUUCUUCCUCACUGUUGGCGCCAGCUCUAUCAGCCGUCGUUACAACGCGUCGCUCACUCUCGGUAACGGCACCGUGAUUUACGGAAACGGGUUUGGCGGCCUGAAUAUGGGUGCCAACACCCCCCUCAUCGACGCGGCUAAAAUUCCCGCUGCGGGCUACAAUGCAUCUACAGCUAAGUACUGCAAAUAUGGCUCGCUCGACACGGUGUGGGUGGCUUGGCGCAUGGUGGUGUGCUUAUACGGGGGGGGAGUGAGCAACGAUGAAAAGGCAGCAGAGGUGGCUCGCGGCAAGGGCUUGGCGGUGCUUAUAGUGAAUGUGAUGCCGGCAGAUGAUGCGUCAAUUACCCGAUACGGCACGCUCCCUGCAAUGACUCUCCUCCCUCCUAACGAUGCGAUUCUUAACGAGUACCUGCUGUCUGCAAGUCCCACAGGCACCAUGUCGUACGGUUUCACUCAAAACACCGCCGGCACCGCGGCAACCAUGGCCUAUUUCUCUUCCAUCGGCCCUCUCGUCCUCCCCUCCACCGUCCCUCCUCCCUCGUUCCCCACCAACGACAUCUUAAAGCCCGAUAUUAUCGCUCCGGGGUAUAACCUCUGGGGCGCUGCACCCGGGACGUCCCCAGGUGCUGCUAUGUCAACCGCUACUAAGGCUUUAAUGAGUGGGACGUCUAUGGCUACACCUCAGGUUGCGGGAAUCGCGGCGCUUAUUAUGCAGAAUAAGACGGAUUGGACACCGUCACAAGUGAUGUCGGCAAUUAUGACGACAGCUAACGUGAAGAAUAACAAGAACACGGGGAUUAAGAGUUACAACAACUCUGGUGCGACGCCAUGGCAAAUGGGAGCUGGACACGUGGACGCAAGCAAGGUGCUUAACCCGGGCCUUACGUACAAUUUGGCCGGGCAGGAUUUUUACAACUUUUUGGCCGGGCAGAAUCUGACCCUCACCCGGGGAUUGGCUCCUGCUGAUGCGGUUUUGACCCCCAUUCCUGCUUACAACCUUAACCGGCCGACGAUUUCCGUGGGACGGCUUACAGGGAGUCUGACUGUAACGAGGACGGUUACAAGUGUGGGGACUGCAGUGUCAACUUAUAACGCUACUGUGGUGUCGCCUACUGGGGUUACCACGGUGGUUACGCCCAAGUCCUUCACGAUAGCACCUGGCGAGUCGGUGACGUUCAACGUAACGUUCACGGUGGUAACCGCGUACAAUAAUUUCAGGUUCGGGAGUCUGACGUGGAAGGAUGGCAAGAGUGUGGUUACAUCUCAGAUUGCGGUGGUCCCCUGGUCUGUAUAG